GUCAUCGAUGCCGGCGAAUCAGUUGUUCGGAUAUCGUACGCGGGGGAGUGUUAAUGCCGUAGCGUUAGUUCGAGUGAAAGUUUAGGAAGAAAAACCAUUUAAAUUUUGGCAUUCUAAAGAAGUGAUAUUGUUGAAUUUACAAGCUCUAUCGACGAAUCGAUAUUAUCGUUAAUAAAAAAGCAUUAAACGGCGCUCGUGACGACGAAAGAACAAUUAUUCUAUUAUAUCCGUGGAACAUGGAGGUUUUGCCGUGUCCUGUAAACGUGAAUUUCAGCAAUACCAGAGCUGGAACAGUGACAGAUGAAUUGGUGGACGGAGCUUGCCAGGCCUUGGCAAAGCGUCUCGAAGUCGAAUUGAGAAGGGCUAAGCACGCUCAAUUGGCAUGCGGGGAAGUUUUACUACCUGCUGAUCUUUUGCCUAGAAUAGCCAAAAAUGUUCUUGCCAUGGCUGAAAAUGAACCUUGCGGUCUUAGAGGUUGCACCUUGUUCAUCAGUUUCGAAACUGACAGCGUGUGUCGCAAAUUGUCGAAAAUACAAUGCGACCCUAACACGGUGUCCACCUUCGAAUUGUACUUGACGUUGAAACAAGAUCACACGUCUUGGCACAUUUUGUUACCACAAUUUUUAAAAAACCUUACGCGAGGGGGCACCAUCAUGAUCAGUAGGGAUUUUACUUUGGAAAAAAAGAAAUUGUACAGAUCCUACCAGCAUGCACAGUGAACGAUUCACUUGUUUCUCUGUCAUUCGAUUUUCUUGGUAGACGCGAUUAUUCCAAGCUCCACCGAUAAUUUUAUAGGGCCAAGGUGAUCUACGGAGCCUUCACUUUCCGCGCGAAAUGACAGAUCGAGUUUUUCGAUGUGGACAUAUUUUGCAAUUAUUCGCUACAAAGAAUUAUGGAAAGGACACAAGGAGGAGAAUCGGAGAAGGAGAGAGAAGUAUGGAAGAACUAUAUUUCUAGACCAUGAUACGAAAAAGGUGGAAAGUACAUCCCACGAUGAAAAUGCAGACUCGAUAACAGAUUUGUUUUUUCCAAU